AUGGCAGCCAUGGUGCCGCCGACCGCGACGCCCGCCGAGGUGCCGUCCUACUUCCUCUGUCCGAUCUCGCUCCAGCUCAUGCGCGACCCGGUCACGCUGCCCACCGGCAUCUCCUACGACCGCGCCGCCAUCUCGCGCUGGCUCGCCGCGUCUGCUGCGCCGGCCGCGUGCAGCACCAGCCAGCGCACCUGCCCCGUCACGCGCCAGCCGCUCGAGCCGGAGCUCCAGCUCACGCCCAACCACACCCUCCGCCGCCUCAUCGGCUCCUGGGUCGCGUCCAUCUCCCCCGGCUCCGACGUCGAGGGGGAGGUGGCCGCGCUGAGGCCCGUGCACCGCGACGAGCUCGCGUCGCUGCUCUCCGACGCCGCCGCUGCCCAGGUCGGCGCGCUCAGGAAGCUGGGGGAGUUGGUGGCCGAGUGCGAGGACACGAGGGCAAUGCUGGAGUCCCAGGAUGGCGUGUUCGACGCGCUGUCUCGUGUCCUCACCGGCGCCAGCGCUUGCUCCACGGCGCGGGAGGAGGCGGUCGGGGUCCUCGCGUCGCUCCGGAUCCCGGAGCAGGAGCUGGUCCGCAUCGUGUCCAGGCACGGCAACCUGGCGGAGUCCCUCACGGCCGUGCUCCGCUCGUCCAACCUGCAGUCGAGGGCGCAGGCCGUGCGGCUCGUGAGGUCCCUGGCCGACGUGUCCGUGCCGGCCUGGGUGAUCGGGCUGAACCAGGAGCUCCUCGCCGAGGUGAUCCGCGUGGUCCGCGACCGAGUCUCGACGCGCGCCACCAAGGCGGCGCUCCACGCGCUCUCCGCGCUCUGCCCGUACGGCCGGAACCGCGUCAAGAUCGUCGGCGCGGGCGCGGUGCCGGCGCUCGUGGAGCUGCUGCUGGACGAGCCCGAGCGGCGGGUCUGCGAGCUCGCGCUGGCCGUGCUGGACCGGCUGUGCACGUGCGCCGAGGGGCGCGCCGAGCUGGUGGCGCACGCGGCGGGCGUGGCCGUGGUGGGCAAGAAGGUGCUGCGGGUGUCGGAGGCGGCCAGCGAGCGGGCGGUGCGCGUGCUGAGGUCCGUCGCACGGCACGCGGCGACGCCGGCCGUGCUGCAGGAGAUGGCGCAGGCCGGCGUCGUGGGCAAGCUGUGCCUGGCGCUGCGGUCCGAGCUGUGCGGGGUGAAGACCAAAGAGAAGGCGCACGAGGUGCUCAAGCUGCACUCCAGGAUCUGGAGGAGCUCACCGUGCUUGUCUCCCAAGUUCUUGGCGCUCUACCCUUCGUGA